AUGAGCGACGAGAACCAGCGGCGUCGCAUCCUACCCAUACCUCUCAGGGAGAGGACAUCUGCAGAGGCUUACCUUGUUCUACCGCAAGACUUUACCGACGCAGAGCGCCGAGAGAUUUUCAAAGAUGCAACAACGGCAUUUAGCGCAGGUGAUGUCUACAUGCACGAUAUGUAUCAGCUUUCAGGCCAAAUCAGAGUACCCUUGGCAAACGCCGCAGCCGUAUGCUUCAACAAAGCCACGGAGUUGGCUACACCAUCGACAUUGAGGCUAGACGAGGCAGAAGCUCUUUUAAUGAGUUUUGAGGACCGUCGUGGUCGGAUCCCGGACACAGGAGGAUUGUCAGUUGCAGCUCUCGACGCUGCGAUUGAUAACCACCCAGCCGCUGUCGAAGAGCCAAAAUCGGUACAAUUCGGCGCAUUGGCUUGGCAGGUUUUAGUACGGUACGUCGUCUCAGGGCGCCGUGAGCACUUCGACCAAGCUGUUGAUAUGUGGACUCGGCGAGUGCAAGACCUAGCGUCAAUGGACGACGCGGAUGAUGAUUCCGCAUUGUCGCAUGCGCGUGUUCACUUAAUAACUACGUCCUUACAAAAAUGUACGAGGCACGAGCGUGAUGCCUCCACGGUUCAAAGGGCACUCGAGCUCGCGAAAGAGGCAGUUGCUGUCGAUGAAGACGAAUCUCCCUUCGAACAAUCAAUCUUGUUGGCGAUUGCGUACGAGCAGUCUUACAUAUUACAUGGAGACCGCGAACACAUGGACACAGCUAUCAAGACAGUCGAACCUCUAACAAAAGACUCGGAAUUGGAGGAAGAGCAACAGGCAAGAGCUCAGUAUGAGUUCGGAAGACUAAACGCUGCUCUGGGAAUGGCAACCGGUGACCGGGAUACAUGGCACGAGGGAAACUACAACAUCCAAAGAGCAACAGAAGACACACCCAGGGGAACUCCACUCUGGGAACGUCGACAGGAAGUAUUCCAAGAUUAUCUCGAAGAUUACAUCCCACAAGACGACGUCAAGGGGUGCAACGCCGUAAUCCGAGCCCUCAAAGCUCAGGUUAUAGCCGCUGAAGCCAUGAACUCACCCAAGCUCCCCGAGCUACUGGAGCAGCGGGCGGACCAUCAAGAGAACCGUUACCGCAGACGGCACACUCUCGACGACUUACAUGAGGCCAAGGAGUGUCGCAAAAGGGCAGCAGGAGCGGCAGCCAACCCAACCUUGCUAGACAAAUUUCGCACUGCAGCCUUGUCCGUACAAGAUAACAUGGACCUCUAUCACGAUGAGGAUGACGAUCCCGAAUAUGUAGAAACAGCUCUCCGCGACGGCAAGCUGGCCAUGGAACUGUUCGGCCAACUUGGCCGCGAGGAAAUACUGUCCUUGGUGCAUCCAACGUUUGUGGGGGGCGUUUUUCAAAACACCGCCACGGCAUACAGACUCACGUACGAUGAAAAUAUACUCAACUCAUUCAUCGAGACUAACAAUGCUGAUGCAGCGAGUGUUGAGAACACGAAACUGUUGGAGACGGCGAUAAAGACUUUGGAGAAAGGCAUAGCGUUCUUGGAGCUUUGUCCGGGUGACUCUUCGGUUAGAGGUUUCACAGAGUCAAUGCGUCGUGAUGUACAGACACAUCAGAAGGAGUUGGAUAGAAUAACGAAGAUGGAAGCCAAAGAGCCAGAUCAGGCGUGA